AUGUCUCCUACAAUACAAAAUUUCGUUCCGCAGCUCAAUUCAAUAGUUUUGGUCCCGGUUCUUCUGCUUGUUUCUUCCCUCGCUUGGAUCGUCUAUGCCAGGUACUUCCAUCCACUGGCCAAAUAUCCUGGUCCGUUUUUUGCCUCCAUAACUCGUCUUUGGUAUAUCAUCGAUGUGGCACAGGGGAGUUCCGACAAGACACAACGGCAACUGCACGGGAAAUACGGACCUAUUGUUCGGAUAGCCCCAAAUGAAGUCGCUAUAGCAGACCCAGAAGCCAUCCGAACUAUCUAUUCUGCUCAAUCCGGCUUUACUAAAACCGACUUCUAUCUCCCAUUUCGAGCAGACUGGGCCAGAUACCCAGAUGCCUUUACCAACCUAAAUGAGCGCCAACAUGCCGAGCGGCGCAGAAUCGUCAACUCAGUCUACUCCAUGUCGAACAUUGUACAACUCGAAGAAGACAUUGACAAAUGCGUGCAGCUCCUGAUAGCCAAAUUCACAGAUCGCGCUAUGAAGGGUUCAGUCAUCGACAUGUCAGAAUGGGUACAGUGGUACGCUUUCGACGUAAUCGGCAAACUCUUCUUCAGUAAUCCAUUUGGCUUCCUGCAAAACGCGCACGACCACGCCGGCUACAUCCACGCUCUCGACCUGCUCAUCCCCUUGAUUGCAGUCGCCUGCACCGCACCCACCUACGUGCGCCCCCUCGUCCUCGUCAGCGGCGCCGCCAUCCCCCGCGUCUUCAAAGCCCUCAAGGCCCUCAAGCACAUCGAGUCCGCGUCCCUAGCGUGCGUGGUGCAGCGCGAACAUGUCAUUGCGCAGGGCAAGGCCGAAGAGUGCGAUGACAUGCUGCAGAGUUUCUUCGACAUUAUGCGCGAAAAGGGACAGGAAAAGGAUUUCGGGAUUACAGAGGUCAAGAUGGAGGUGUAUGGCGCUUUUAUUGCGGGCUCCGAUACCACCGCUGCAGCGAUAACGUCGAUUCUUUACCACCUCAUGCGCACGCCAUCUGCAUAUGCCAGACUCACUGCUGAGAUUGAUGAAGCGGAGCAGGCUGGGUUGCUCAGCCCGGAUAUUCAGUACCAUGAGGCGGUGGGGCUGUCGUAUCUCAUGGCUUGUUGCAAGGAGGGGAUGCGAUUGCAUCCUAGCGUUGGUAUGACGUUGCCUCGUCGUGUUCCUCGCGGUGGUUGCGUUAUUGCGGGACAAUGGUUUCCCGAGGGGACGCGGGUUGGUGUUAAUGCGGCGGUUGUGCAGCGGGAUCGCGGCGUGUUUGGGCACGAUGCGGAUGAGUUUGUGCCAGAGAGGUGGUUUAGGCCUAAUGCGGCGAAGAUGGAGAGGUGUAUGUUUCAGUUUGGUGGUGGCUCGAGAACGUGUAUUGGCAAGAACAUUUCGCUCUGUGAAAUGUACAAAGUCAUUCCGUCGCUCCUUCGCUCCUUCGACCUACAACUGUCAGAACCGGACAGAGAAUGGGAAACACGGAAUUAUUGGUUUAACAAGCCGAGCAAAGUCUACACAACGAUAAGAUGCAGAGAUGCAAUCUUCCCAGGACCCCCCUAA